AUGCUAUUCCCGCUUUGCAGAGAUUUUAUUUAUGCUCAACGAUAAGGACUUAAAUUUAAAAAAGAAGUCACUAUCUAAAUUUCAAACAAUAUCCUCAUAGAUCAAGAUGGUCAUCAAUACUAGAUUUAAACACAAUAGUAAGACAUCUAAGGUAUUAUCUGAUAAAUUUAAUUAAGGAAUUGCAUCUUCAUUCGAAACACAACUUAAUGAGAAGGAUGAAGUAUUACUAAUUAUCAAAGAACUAUUAUGUAAUGGAUAAAAUAUCAAGACAAACAUUGCAAUCAAUAUGAAGUAAUAAAUUCAAAAGUCAACAGAAUCUGCUAUAUUAUACAAAUAAAUAAAAAAGAAGAUCAAAAAAUUCAAUCAAGUUUUUUAAAAAUCUGGUUAAAAACAAUUAUUAACCAAAGAAAUCAUCCAACAAAGAUAAUAAAAAGAAUAAGAAUAAGUACCUCGUAAAAAUUCAGAAUCAUUAACCAUUACAAAUAAUGAAAUAAGCUAUAUCAAAUAUCUUGAAUCAUUGAGCAAUGGCAUAAGCAAAAGUAAUUAUUUAUAAAUAUCACUUCUUAGAAUACGUAAUUGAAUAUUUUAAGAAAUAGAAAAUCAGAAAUGAGAAAUUCAUUAAUUUAUUAUAUCCACCUCUUUAAAUUGAAUAAGAACUAUUUGAAUUUUAAUGA